UUCAAUCAAUCACACAUAUACACAUAUAUAAUACAUUUAAAAAUGUUCAAGCUAUUCUGUGCCGUACUUGUACUCUCGAUGGUUGCCACAUCGUUUGGCCUCAACGUCGUUCCAACCACCACUGUCAUUGAUGUCCCAACCAAGGUCACCAUGGACAUGUGUCCAACCUGUGUCGACUUCAUGGGCGACUCCCUGGAUCUCCUUAUUAACAUCAUCCUCAACACAUAUAUCCUCGGUACCUGUGGAGACCUCUGUGGAAAGCUUCCAAAGGAGGACGAGAAGAUUACCUGUGACCUGCUGUGUGGCUACGUCGGAAUUGAUGUGUUCAUCAGAAUUAUCACUGAUGAGGACCCCGACCCAGUGUACAUGUGUGAGGAGAUGAAGGUCUGCCCAAUCCGUGACGGUGGCAAUGCUACCAUCAGCAGCUUGGUCGUGGACCCAGUCAACGGCACCAUCGGCACCGACUUCAACAUCCUGUGCACCUUUGAGGUGACCAGCCAGCUCGGCACCGGCCAGCUGAUGAUCAACGUUAUCGACCCAACCGGAUUUGGAUUCGGUGGUGGCGACCUCUUGGUCGGCACUCAGCCAGGCACCUACAACGCCAAGUUCUCCUUCAGAGCCGAGCCUUCCGAGCAGGAGCCAUUCUACCCAGGCGAGUACAUCGUCCAGGCUGCCGUCUGUGAGGGUUCAUGUGGCUCUCCACACCCACACAGCAGAAUCUACGAUCUGUUGAACACCACCUUUACCCUUACCGGU